AUGCAGUACCGCCAGGUGGAGAAAGAGGGGCUCUCUGAAUUUGUCUCCCGCAAGCGAGAGAUGUUCCUUGUGCAGUACGGCCUGAGCGUGAAGCGCGAGGAGAUGCGCGCCCUGGAGCAGCAGGGAGCGCGCGAGGAGCGAGCGCUCGAGCAAGCGGAGCGCUUUCUGGAGGACGACGCGGCCAUGUUCGAUGAGUUCCUCAAGCAGAACGAUCGCAGCGCCGUGGAGGCCAUCAGGGUAGCGGAGAUGGAGAUGAAGGCGCGGAUGGAGCAGGUGGCUGAGAUUAAGAAGCUGACGGCCCAGAUCGUGUCCGCCAAGAGUGAGAUCGCACGGCAGGAGGAUCUGCUGCAGGAGUACCGAUUGUAUAAGCGCUUCCUGGAGGGGCUGGCGCCACCGGAGUGGCACCAGCGGCGGCGCGAGCGCAAGCGGGCGGCACGAGCGAUCGCAGCACCCGGGGAGGGAGCAGUGGAAACGGAGGGAACCUCCCCAUGCAAGCCAGAGAACAGCAAAGGAGACGGAGGCAGCUCCAACGCAUCCCAGGACAACUCUGACGACAGUGAGGGGGAGUUUGAGCUGCCGCUCAGCAGCCCCCAGGAGCUGCUGGACCUGUUCACGGAGUUGGAGGAGCAGAACCUCUCCCUGAUCCAGAACUCCCAGGACAUGGAGCAGUCCCUGGAGGAGGCACGCCAGAACAUCGCCAGCACGAACCAGCGACUGAACAAAGAGACAGAGGCCCUCGAUGUCCAAGUGCAGGAGCUGCGUGCCGCCAUCACUCACGAGGAGGAGAGGGCGUCCGACCUGGAGCUCCAGGCCAACGUGUUCUCGCUCGGCGAGCUCCGCCAGGAAGAGCAGGAGCAAAUGCUGGAGGCACUCAGCGCCAAGGUGUGCGCCGUGUACCGGGCAUGUGUGGGCACCAGCGAGGGGAAUCUGGGAACACUGCAGAUGCUCACGAGCGUGGAGAACCGCCUCGAGGAGCUGCUGGUGGAGCUGGAGGGGAUGCCCCCGGAGCGGGUGCACAGUGCCGAGCGCGCCAAGCACAAGGAGCGACGCUUGCGUAUGCGGGAGGAGAAGGCCCGGCAGCAGAAGCAGCACCAGGAGGAGCGACUGCGCCGGGCGUUGGAGAGAGCGCAGGCUGAGAUCACGCAUCGGACGGGGCGCCGGCUGGUGUUCCGCUCGGAGCCUCCCGUGCGCCGCACCCACAAGGAGCGCGGUCAGGAGAGCAGCGAGAGGGAGCAGGAGGAGGCCCUCUAUUUCUUCAGCUGAAGAUUCACGACGACACGUCAGCUCGCGUGCAGCCCUCCAACCUCGCCCCCCCCCCCCCGUUUUUACAGGACUGCUGCUGCUGUGUGUGUCCAUCAACCCACGCGCGCUUGCUUACUCAUGCAAAGCUGCCUGCGUGCCCUAUAAGGCGGCGGUGUUGACUGUGUACUGGUAGCGAGCAAAAUAAAAUUAAUCCGUAAAAACAAA